AUGUCCGAGCUACCGGGUAAGAAAGACUUGAAUUUGGAUCUGAACUUGAAGCUGAAAUCCAAGGUGGAUCCUGCUGAUAUUGAGGAUAGCUUCAGUUUGGCCGAUGAACCUGUGGAGGUCACCAAUUGGCGGCUGAUUUAUAUCACUGGAAUCGUCUCGUUUUUGUGUGCGAUUGAAGGAGCAGCGGUGCAUAUGAGUGAAUGGCCAUAUAUGAAACAGGUGGGCUUUUUGGGGAUGGGUUUCUAGAACUCGAAGUUUUGCUUCCAAAAAAAUUGAUGAAAAAAUCCACGUGGAAAAUUUAUCUAGAAAUUAUUUCAUUCGAAAAAUAAUCCAGGAAAUUUUAUGUUUCAAAAUUUUCAUAAAACUUUGGGUUUCUAGAAGUCGGAGAUAUUCAUUAAUUCAUCAGCAAAAAUUCCAAAAAAAAAAUAUACGGUAGAAAAAUCCACGUGGAAAAUUUGUCUAGAAAUUUUUUCAUGUAAUUCUUCGAAAUUCUUCGAAAUUCAAAAAAAAUCCAGGAAAUUUUAUGUUUCAAAAUUUUCAUAAAACUUUGGGUUUCCAGAAGUCGGAGAUAUUCAUUAAUUCAUCAGCAAAAAUUCCAAAAAAAACAAUACUGUAGAAAAAUCCACGUGGAAAAUUUAUCUAUAAAUUUUUUCAAUCGAAAAAAAAUCCAGGAAAUUUUAUGUUUCAAAAUUUUCAUAAAAUUUUGAGUUUUGAGAAGUCGAAGAUAUGCAUACGAUCAUCGGACUAAAUUCAAAAAAAAUAUACGGUAGAAAAAUCCACGUGGAAAAUUUGUCUAGAAAUUUUUUCAAUCGAAAAAAAUCCAGGAAAUUUUAUGUUUCAAAAUUUUUAGAAAAUUUUGGGUUUUGAGAUGUCGUAGAUUGGAUUGUCGUCAUCGGAUUAAAUUCAAAAAAAAAAUAUACGGUAGAAAAAUCCACGUGCAAAAUUUGUCUAGAAAUUUUUUCAAUCGAAAAAAAAUCCAGGAAAUUUUAUGUUUCAAAAUUUUCAUAAAAUUUUGGGUUUCGAGAAGUCGAAGAUACGCAUACGAUCAUUGGACUAAAUUUAAAAAAUAUAUACGGUAGAAAAAUCCACGUGGAAAAUUUGUCUAGAAUUUUUUUUGAAUCGAAAAAACAUCCAGGAAAUUUUAUGUUUCAAAAUUUUCAUAAAAUUUUGGUUUUGAGAAGGCGAAGAUAUUCAUUGAAUCAUCGGACUAAAUUUAAAAAACAAUACGGUAGAAAAAUCCACGUGGAAAAUUUGUCUAGAAAUUUUUUCAAUCGAAAAAAAGAAUCCAGGAAAUUUUAUGUUUCAAAAUUUUCAUAAAAUUUUGGGUUUCGAGAAGUCGAAGAUUCGAUUUUCAUAAUCGGAUGAAAUUAAAAAAAAACAAUACGGUGGAAAAAUCCACGUUGGAUACAAAUUUUGAUCUACAAAAAUUAUUUUCCAGAUAGAUCCAGAAGCCACCGUCAAAUUCUUCGGUAUCGCGAGCAGUGCCUCCAAAGCGGCUCACGCAAUUUUCGUACUCUUCUUCGCUGUCUGGAGCUUUAAAUUCAAAACCGUUCGCGCUCCAUUAAUAGCUGGAAGAAUCAUCGCAAUCCUGGCAUGUAUUCUAUAUCUCGGAGUAGAAUAUUUACCAACAGGACGACGAUAUUUGAUGAUGGUUUGCUACAUCCUCUUCGAUAUUUCUGGAAGUUCCCCAGCAAUCUUGCGAGCCUAUGUAGCUGCAAUUUCCGCGCCAAAAGAUCGUGCAAAAGCUUUCGCCACAAUGUCGCUCUCCAUGGUUUUAUCAAUCAUUUUAGGACCCCUAAUUCAACUGAUUUUUACCAAGAUUCCUUAUCCAGGUUGGGAAAUCACGGAACAUUUGAAAAUCAAUGUGUAUUCGGCCCCGAUUUGGAUCGCAAAUUCCACAAAUUUCGUCUCAAUUCUGAUCAUAUUUUUCGGAUUAGAAGAGUUGCCCAGAAAAAUCAAGGAGAAGAAGUUGAAGAAGCCGAGUAUUUUCGAGUGGGAGGGGUUGAAAAUGCGAAUCGCAAAAAUUCGAAGCUCAAAUAUUAAUUGGAUUUUGGUGCUGGUUAUUUGGAUUGCGAAAUGUGGAAAAACGAUUACAGCAAGAUCAAUUGGAACGUAAGUUUUACUAAUUUUAAAAAUUCCACGUAUCAACAAAAUUCAAAUUCCUGAAUUUGAUAAUUUCAGCCUGAUGCCCAUAUUGCUCAUGGUAAACUACGGUUGGACCGGAAUUCAGACAGUUCGGAUAACUUCGAUUUUGAUGGGUGGAUCCGGAUUGUUGUCGAUGGUUGUGAUUGGAAGUUUUAUGUUUUGUAAAUUGGCGACCAUGUGAGUUUUCAGGGGAAAAAAACUUUGAAAAUUAUGACGUGGCGAAACUCUUUUUUGUUAUUUUCAAAAAAUUUUGAACGAAUCUAGAAGUUUUGGUUUUUAACCAAAAAAAAACACUAUUUUCAAAAAUUUUGGGUUCCACGUCGAUUUUCAGCAUAAAAUCAGAAAGUUUUUAAAUUAGAAAAAGUGUUAAUUUUCCUGCUCUCAAAAAAGUUCCGGGACUUUAAAAAAAUUUCGUUGCGACGUGGAUUUCCAGCCUCAAUAUCAGAAAAAUUAGUGACACGUGGAUUUUCAGCAUAAAAAUUCGAGCUGAAUCCAAAAUUUAUGUUAGAGAUGUGAGAGUUAUUUUGCCACGUGGAUUUCCAGCCUCGGUAUCAGAAAAAAUAGUGCCACGUGGAUUUUAUAGCCUUAAAAAAUAAUUCUAGUCGCUAUUUAUUUUGGGAAAUUUAUAAUUUCAUGAAAGCACUUUUGCCACGUGUAUUUCCAGCCUUACAAUUAGUAUCAGGAAAAAUAGUACCACGUGGAUUUUCAGCAUUAAAAUCGAGCUGAAUCCAAAACUUAGUACUUCAUUAUUUUACCUCCAAUAUCGGUUGCAUAAUUGCAUUAGCAAUUUUCAAAAAAUCUCAAAAUUUCUCAUCAAUUUUUUGAAACCUAUUUUUCGCGGCUACCUCAAAAUGUUGAAAAAAUUUCCAGAAUCUCUCCCCGCUUCAUCUACCUCUUCUCAAUCAGUCUCUUCAUCGCUCUCUACGCCGUCACCUAUCCCUACCCGAAUAUCGGCGUCGAAGUUCAACUCUACAACGAGACCGAUGGAACCGGCUGUGAUUCCACGAAAUACACGUGGUGUGAAACAGCAAUCGCACCACAACCCGCUUUAUUUUUAUCCUGUAUGGUCUUCGUUUUCGGCCUAACAAUUCCGUCAACAAGUAUAAGUCUGGACACAAUUUAUUCGAAAGUUUUGGGAAAUAUUGAUCAAAGUGUGAUGCAGGGUGCAGCUGUGAUUCUAGACGAUAUUAUGCUUGUCAUCACACCAACCUAUGCCUCAUAUAUUUUUACAUUUUUCGGUCUGAAACCGCUGUGGAUCAUCAAUGCUGGAAUUAUGAUUGGUGUUGUGGUUUUGUGGAUUGCGAUGUUGCCUAGAUUCCGGGCAUUUUCUUAAGGAUCAUUGACAGUUGAAUGGUUUUACGGGUUUUAAUAUAUUUAUUUGUUGAAUAAAGAAUAUUUGUGAUUUUACAAAAAAAUGUGUGCGCCUUUGAUACGGUAAAAGUAUUCGUGUAUUUUUUUAUUUAUAGAAAAUAGAGCGCACUUUCUUUCUUGGUUUCUCUACGCUCUCCAAAAAACAGAAAACUCUCACCGGUGUCAUUUUCUUUGAUUUUAACUAAUUAGAAAUGAGCUUUAUGUUUUUUCCAACAAUGAAGUUUCCAAAAUUCUCAAAAAUCAUCCUGAUUUUUUUGAAAAUUCAUAAAUCCUAGACCCCCCGCAAAAAUUUGAAUAGUGUAGAUCACGCGGGAUUUCAAGAAUUUUUCGUUGUUUUAUAUCGAUUGGCAAAACAUUUUUGAAAUGAAUUUUUUAUUUUUUGUCGAAAAACGUGUUGACAUUAUUAUUUUUCGAAAAAAAAUCACGCUAAUCUCGUUUUUUUCAGGUUGGACGCUCAUUUCUUGAGAUAUUUUAUUUGGUAUUCGGUCUGCUCUCAAUUAAAGGUAAGACCGAGUUUAUUUUUCUUUCUAUAUGACCCAGAGAAAUUCCAGAUUGUUUUGAGAAUUCUGAAUUGAGUGAGUCCCGAUGUUGGAUGUUUCAAUGAUGCAAAACAAAAUGAAAUUGAGGAACUGCAACUCAUGUCAGGUUAGUUUAAUGGGUUUUGGGUUUGGUUUUGGGUGAAAGAAAACACAGUGAUUUGUGUUAAAUUAUAUUAGGUAAGUUUUGGUAUAGUUGUAUAAUGUAUAAUUUGACCUCACAAGUCAGGACUUGUGGAAAAAAGAGGAAGAUCCCUUAAAAUUGUAUUUUUUUUCAUUUUUUCUAUUGUUUUUUAAACAGUUUUUUUUUAAAUAUUCCACAUUCCGAUUUGUUUUCAACUAGCUCUUCAACUUCUAUUUUUGAUAAUCAAACUCAGAAGUUUGUAGUUUUUCUAGUGUAGUUUUAAAUGUCAGACUUCUUCUUGCUCCAGGUGAAAAAUAUGUUUUUUUUUAAUGGAGAAGUGCAACGAUUUGAAUGAAACCUAUAAUUAAAUGCAAGAAAUUGACGAAUUUAAUUAUAGGGUAGAAUGAAAGCUUGUUUGAUGAUUUCAAAUAUUUUGAUCAGGAAGAUCAAGAGGAUCAAACUCAUAGAACACAUUCAGGUCAUCAGAAUCAUCAGGUAGAUGAAUCAUAGCUUGAACUUCAAUAUUCUCAGAGUCAGUAUUCAAUUAGUUCACAAGUACUCCUAGAAUUAAUUGUAGCACAAAAAAGUUUCUGAUUUGGUUUGCAAUAAACAUGGAGCAGGUGCAAUUAAAAGUCAAAUUUCAUUUCGUAGGAAUGAGGUUCAAAAAUAGAAAGCCUGGGAGAUUCUGAUCUUCAACAAUCUCGAUUCACAAAUUCGUUGUAACUCCAGCAAUGCCAGGAUGUUUCAAAAUGUGAUUGUGAUCCAUUUUCUCAUUUUCCUAACAACAAGUAAACAAGUUCACAUGCAACCCCAGAAUUAACCUUUUUCUUUGCAACACUAAAAAAGCUUCUGAUUCAGCAACACAGUGCAGCUGAAAUUAAAAGUCAAAUUUCUCUCCUAUAAAUAAUACUUCAAAGUAGUCCCAAGACUAAAAAUGCUAAGCGAUUUGGUCUAUCAAAGUAAAGACGACUAUGUUCAAGAUCUACAAGAUGUUCAAGCUGGGAUCCUGAUCUUCUUCGAAAAUCUUGUAGGUUUCUUCAUGACUCUAAUCGCGAUUCAAGGAUUUGUUACAAUUCCGGCGAUGAAAGUCUCAUUUGGAUAUCUGAUGAAAUGGCAAUUGGCAAAUCAACUUCUCGCAUCUCUAAAUAGCGCGAGCUUUUACUUCUUUGGAGUUUUGCUGUAAGUUUUUCGAUUUUCGCAAUUAUGUAAUAACACAGUAGUGUUUUUUUAAAGGGACAUCAAAUUUGUGAUAAAUAAUUCGCGAGCCUGGGGGCUUUUUACAACCAUGUUAUCACCUAUGAUCAUGUCACAAUACUUGAUGAUAUCUUUCAAUCGAACUCCAUCAGUCCAAGCUAUAUGAAGCCGCGAGUCGGUGGAUUAUAGUGCUGAGCCUCUACGUGGCGAUGGGGAUUUGCACACCUGGUUUACAACUUUACGGCAAGGUUUGGAGCCCUUGUCCAACCAGGUGUGUAGCCAAGAAGCUGGACAUUCUCCCGAGUUGUCGCCCGCUGUCUCCAAGCUGGGUUCCAACGAGGCCCUAACUUAGGCCUAGCAAGCCUCUGUAUGGGUAACCAGGAGAAAAAACUUAUAGCUAAAAACAGUUCCAAAAACUGCCUCAGUCCUCCGCACCCCACCUCUGCGUUCAACACGACGGGCUUGAAAACAAAUGGGGAGAGGCGAUCAAAUCUCGGAGCCCCGACCACCCGUCAUUGGAAAAAGAAUAAGGAAAAAUGCCAGCCAAAAACACGAAAAAUCGACGCCAGGAUUUGCACAUUUAACUGCCGCUCCAUCGCCACCGAUGAUCGUCUUGCUGAUCUUCUCCAAGAAGCUGAUCGAAUCAAGUACGAUAUUAUCGGAUUAUCUGAAACAAAACGAGGGGCAGAAAUACAAGCCAAGAGCGCCGACGGAACUGGUAUUUUCCUUGGAAAACGAAACGAAGUCUCGGUAUCUGGAGGGGUUGGAUUUAUCACUCACAAAUCCAUGACUCCAAAAGUCAAAGAAGUCAAAUUCAUAAACCAUCGAAUCGCAACCCUCACCUUCUAUGUUUCCAAAAGAUUCGACUGCACAGUCAUCCAAGUCUAUGCACCAAUUGGAACAUCUGACGCCGAGGAAAUUGCUGAAUUCUACGAAAACGUUGAAGAUGUCAUCCGCCAAUGCAAAUCGAAAUUCAAGAUUGUUAUGGGCGACUUCAACGCGCGAAUCGGAAGCCGAGCAAACUCAUCUGAAAUAUACAUUGGCACACACUCAAUGGAGCCAAAAAAACGAACCAGGAGAAUUUCUGGCAAGUUUCUGCGAGAGCAAUCGCUAUUACAACACCAACAGCUUCUUCGAAAAACCAACAAAUCAAAGAUGGACCUUCAUAUCUCCUGA